CUCGUUCGGGGUCUUGUUCGGUUUCUUUAGUUACUUUCAUUUUCCCUCUUUCCUACUUAGGUCCUUCGCUUCAUUAUCCUUCACUUUGCCGUUUCUCUUUUGGAGCUAUGAAGGUAGUGAGUUGGAAUUGUCAAGGAUUAGGGCCUGCCUUGACAGUAUGCAAUUUGCAAGACCUGUGCUUCAAGUAUCAACCUGAUUUGGUCUUUCUCUGUGAAACUAAGCAACAAACACCACUACUUGAGAAGCAUCGAAGGCGGCUAGGCUUUGAUCAUGGGGAAUAUUGUCCACCACGGGGGAGAGCUGACAGUCUAGCAUUGUGGUGGAGAAAAGAGCUUCAGCGAGCUCGAUUUUGGGUUGAUUGUCAAAGUCUAAGAAGAGAUAAUGGAAUCCGUUGGCUCGUUAUGGGGGAUUUAAAUGCUUUGCUGAGCUACGCCGAUAGAAGGGGGAAGGGUCCAAUCUCGGUAUCCUCCUUCUCUUGCUUGGAGCAAUUUAUGCAGAGUUGUGAGUUGCAGGAAAUGGGUAAAUUGAAGUGGACCCUGGAGAAUGGUUAUCAAGAGUGCAUCCAGAAUGGUUGGCAGGUGCAUAUUACUGGUUCAAAGCAGUAUAAGGUAAUGGGUAAAUUGAAGAAUUGUCGUGCUGAUUUGCUCUCUUGGAGCAAGAAGUUAAGGGGCAAUCCCCAAGGGGAAAUUAAGUUUUUGCAUGAGCAGUUAGACUUUAUGCAGAAUCAAGAACCAAAUGAUGCUAAUAUGUUGCACCAAAAAAUGCUAAUUCAGAAACUGAAUGAUUUGUGGGCAAAGGAAGAGGCUUAUUGCCUGAGCUUUCAAUUCCAAGCUUGCCAUACAACUGCUGAUAUGGAUAUUGUGUUUUCUUUCCCUCCAGUGAUCACAUCAGAAAUGAAUAACUCUCUAUGCGCAGACAUUACACUGGAGGAGGUUAAAGCUGCUACUUUCCAAUUAGGAGCCUUUAAAGCACCAGGUCUGGAUGGGUUUCCUGGAGUUUUCUACCAAAAACAUUGGGACUUGGUUGGUGGUGAUGUUCAUAAAGCUAUCUCAAGAUUCUGGGCUACGGGUUUUCUACUGAAGGAGUUCAAUAAAAUGAAUAUCAUUCUCAUACCAAAGCCUUUUCUUUCUCAAAUAAUUUCUCCAGAGCAGUCUGCUUUUGUGCCUGGCAAAAUGAUCCAGGACAAUCUUGUUGUUGCGCAUGAGGCAUUCCACGGUUUUGCUCAUAGAUGUUAUUCUCAAGAUGCCUACAUGGCACUUAAAUUAGACAUCCAUAAAGCAUAUGAUACGGCGGACUGGCUAUUUUUGGAGCCAGUGCUCAGGGCGAUGGGUUUCCAUGAUUGGUGGGUUGCUAGAGUAAUGGAGUUUGUUUGAUCAACCUCAUAUUCAAUUCUAAUCAAUGGUAAACCCACUAAAACCUUUUUCCUUGGGAGAGGGCUUCAACAAGGAGAUCCCCUGUCCCCAUAUUUAUAUCUGCUUGUGGUAGAUGUUUUGUCUAAACUUGUAUCUCGUGCAGUGAAAGAUGGCUCCCUAUAUGCUUAUCGUAUAACAAGAAGGUGCCCCCUUAUUAGCCAUCUGCUUUUUUCUUAUGAUGCAUUACUUUUUUGCAAGGCUUUUGUCAAUCAAGCUUCUUUCUUGAA